ACAUUGACAUUAUUCCGGUGUGGCUUGUGGGUUUAGGACGUCCAUUUUGUAGCAUUCAUCGAAACGUGAAAUAAAUUUCGAAAAUAAAUAUAAUAAUCAUAUUGUGUAAUUUUUUAGACAAUAAAAGUGUGUACAAAUAUUGCUGUAGUGAAAAUAUACGAUAAAACGUUAUGUAAUUGUGCUACUCAUUAAUUGCAUUCGGGAACAAUAUUGUUUUUAAUGUGCUAUUUUUUGAAAGUGUUUUGCGCUCUUACUGAAAUUAUUUUAGUCGGUUUAUAAUAAAAUAUCCUUCAAAAUGGAUUUUGCCCAACCACCACCAAAUAUGGGGAUGCCUCCCCCUAAUUUAGCAGUUGGCCCACCUAUGGCUCCGAUGCAAGGUUACGGUAAUAGACCGCCGUUUAGGCCCUUUGUGAAUAUUCACAAGCCUCUACCAGGUCCGUUAAGUAACAUGACUUUGGAAGAUUUUGAUGGAAAAAGAUUACGAAAGUCUGUCAUGAGAAAAACUGUAGAUUAUAAUUCAUCUAUAAUAAAAGAGUUAGAAAAUAGAGUAUGGCAAAGAGAUUAUAGAGAUAGAAGAGCCCUACAGCCAGAUGCCAUGUAUUAUCCAGACUUAAUGCCUCCCCCUAGUUAUCCUGAUAAUCCUAUUAAUUGUGUUACUACUAGAUUUGUAAAAACUGCUACAAAUAAAAUGAGGUGCCCAAUUUUCUGUAUGGCCUGGACACCCGAGGGCAGAAGGCUGGUAACUGGUGCUAGUUCAGGAGAAUUCACAUUAUGGAAUGGAUUAACAUUUAAUUUCGAAACUAUCUUACAGGCACAUGACAGUCCAGUCAGGACGAUGGUAUGGAGUCACAAUGACAGCUGGAUGAUAACAGGUGACCAUUCUGGUUAUGUCAAAUAUUGGCAGUCGAACAUGAACAAUGUGAAGAUGUUCCAAGCGCACAAAGAAGCACUUCGAGGCAUAAGCUUCAGCCCUUCGGACAACAAAUUCGUUACGUGUUCAGACGAUGGUACUUUGCGGAUAUGGGACUUUUUCCGGUAUCAAGAGGAGAAGGUACUUCGAGGACAUGGUGCUGACGUGAAAUGCGUUCAUUGGCAUCCUCAGAAAAGUCUUAUUAUAUCUGGAAGCAAAGACAAUCAGCAACCGUUAAAAUUAUGGGACCCGAAAAGCGGACAAUCGUUAGCCACUUUGCAUGCCCAUAAAUCAACUGUGAUGGAUCUAAAAUGGAACGAGAACGGCAACUGGUUGAUAACCGCAUCCAGAGAUCAUCUUCUUAAAUUGUUCGACUUACGAAAUUUGAGCCAAGAAGUGCAAACGUUCCGAGGACAUAAGAAAGAAGCAUCGAGUGUUGCUUGGCAUCCAAUCCACGAGGGUCUAUUUUGUAGUGGUGGUUCAGAUGGUGCUAUUAUGUUCUGGCAUGUGGGAGCGGAUAAAGAGGUGGGAGCUAUAGAACAGGCACAUGACAGUAUCGUCUGGACCUUAGCGUGGCACCCUUUAGGCCAUAUCUUGUGCUCGGGCUCCAACGAUCAUACCAGUAAAUUUUGGACAAGAAAUCGACCGGGAGAUCAGAUGAGGGAUAAGUAUAACUUGAAUACCCUACCAGCUGGAAUUGCUGGCUUAGAAGACAUUGAUAUGGGAGAAGAACCAAUUUCAAUUAUUCCUGGAAUGGGUCCGGAAGAUAAAGUUGAAAUAACAUCAAUUCUUACGGACGAAAAUCAAGCCAUUCCUGGUUUGGAUUUGGACGGAGUAGUCAACGAAGAGAAAGCUAAACCCAAAAAGGUGCCUUUCAGUAAGCCCAUACCUCGUAAUUUCCAAGCUCAAUGGAAUGAAACAAACGAUGACACUGCUGGAGCUCUUAAUGAAGUAAUCACCCAACUUGUAGUUGAAAAUACUCCAGGAGCGGUUCCAUUGAACGAUAUUGCACCAAAUGCUCUUUAUAUUUAUGAUAAAGUAAUACCAGUAGAACCUGGUUCAAAAUUACAACAGGCACUAGCCAGCGGUCUAGAUGCUCUCAACAAACUUAUAGCGUCAGGGGAAGUAGAGGAGUUAUAUGAUGUAAUGCCCAUUAAUGACGAUGAAGACGGAGAAGAUACCAAAAACCAAGAAUUAGGUGAUAGCGACAUGCGCGAUAAAAAAGACGUAGAUUUCAGAAACGAUAGAAGUUUCAAAGGUUCUCGAUUUUCUGAUUCCAACGAUUUCGAUGCGAGACGGUCACUGGGGGAUGAAGAUUUAAGGCUUAGAGACCGCGACGAAGACUUUAGGUUUCGAAAGGAGGAUGAUGAUUUUCGAAAAGGAUCCAUGCAUGAGGACAAAUAUAGACGUGAUGGUGAUUACAGACGUGACGACAAUUACAGACGGAAUGAAAGACGCGAUGACUAUAGGCGCGAUGAAGACUACAGACGUAACGACGAUUAUAGGCGCGAUGAUGAUUACUUUGAAGAUAGCCCAGGUAAAUCAGGGAACUGGUCACGAAACGGCAAAUUUGGAAAUAGUUUCAGGGGUAAAAGAUCCGACAAACCCCCUUAUAAUUCUAGCUUUAGCGGAAGAAAGUUUGGACCCUCAGAUAGCCCAGAAUGGGACGAUACAGACCCUUUCGACGUCAUAAGCCAAGAAAAAUGGGAUAAUCGCAGCGAUGAUGACUUUAACGAAGAUUGGGAUCUCGAUGAUGAAGAUUUGGAUAGCGAAGACUUACUUGACGAUGAAGACAAUUGGUUAGAUAGUCCAAGAUUUAGUCGAGGCAGAGGUCGGAGGGAUGAGAGAGGAAGAGGUCGAGGAGGAAGAUCACGAGGUGGGCGAGGUAGAGGUGGUUUCGGGAGAGGAAGAGGUGAUCGCGGGGGUCGAAGAGGCAGCAGAGGUGGAAGGAGAGGUGGAAGCAGGGGAAGAUAUUCUUAGUGAAUUAGAUUAUAGUUUUCAUACAACUGAAUGUACAUAUAUCUUGCUUUUCGUCUUGAGUUUUUUGUUUUUAAAUGAAAUUAGAAACAUUUUUAAAAACUUGAUAUGAUUUCAAGUUCCAAGGGAUAUUUAAUGAUUUUUAUUUAAUUUACUUUUAAAAACAUAGCUGUGAAGUACUUAAACAUUUAUGAGAUUCAUAUGAAAAGGGUCAAGCUCAGUUUCAUAGGUAGCAAUUAAUAAUCUUCAUAGUGGAACUUACUUACUUAUCCUCUUCGUUACCACUGGAACAUAGGGCAUCUACUAUCACCCUCCAUUUUUGCAAAUCUUGUUCUUUUUCUUCUUGUGACUUCUUUCCAGGUUAGGCCGAUGUUUUCUGCUUCUUUGAUAAUUGUUUUCUUCCAUAUGUACAUAUUUAUCGGCCUCCCUUUUUCUUUUUUCCUGGAGGUUGGAAUUCCAAUGCUUAUUUUGUUAUAUCUGUAUCCGGUCUCCGCAGAGUAUGGCCCAACUAUUUCCAUCUUCUCUUUCUUAUUUCUUUAUGUAUUGGUUCUUAUUUAGUUUUUUUUUCAUAAGUUUGAGUUUGAAUUUUUCAUAAGCAUUUAUUAAUGGAGGAUUGAAUCGUUCCAGUAUUGUGUUUUGUUAUUCUCCAAGUUCGUGAUAAAACCUCACACUCCUAAAAUAUUGUUAAAAAACUUGCAGAUUCUGGUUUUUAAAAUUUUGAAAUUAUGAAAAGUAUUGUAUCAUUUAAAUAUUCUUCAAACAAAUUUUAAUAUUUUUUAUAUUAUAGCUUUUUUAGUCGUCUUUGUCAAUGUUUUCCAUCUAGAUGAACUUGUUUAUAAGUAUUCUAAACUUCAUUCAAUGAAAAAGAAAUAAAAGAAAUAAUAGAGAAACUAAAGAAAAACAAGAGCCCAGGUAAGGAGGACGUAACAGCUGAAAUGUUUAAAUAUGGAGGACCAGUACUAAUUAAGCAUUUGGAAAAGCUGAUAAAAGAAAUUUGGGAACAAGAAGACUUACCAAAAGAAUGGACUGUAGCCACACUGUGUCCAAUUCACAAAAAAGGCGACAAAAGUUUAUGCCAUAAUUACAGGGGAAUAGCCCUACUAAACGUUGCAUAUAAAAUACUUGCAGUAUAUAUAAAAGACAAGAUAACACAAAAGAUAGAUAAUGACAUGGGAGAAUAUCAAUGUGGAUUCAGAAGAGGACGCAGCACUGUGGAUCAAAUUUUCCUGCUGCGUGAAAUACAAGCGGAAAGCUACGAAUACGGGAAAUCUACAAUGGCCCCAUUCAUUGACUUUAAACAAGCUUUUGACAGAGUUAAACGGACAGAAAUAUACAAAGCACUAUGCGAAAUUGGAAUUAGUAAGAAAUUAAUAAAGAUGGUAAAAGUUACACUCAGAGAAACAGAGAACAGGGUUAAAAUAAAUGGAAAGGAAACAGACAAGUUUAGGGUCGGUGAAGGGGUACGACAAGGAGACCCACUGUCAUCACUGUUGUUCAGUAUCCUUCUUGAAAUGGUCAUCAGAGAAGCCGAAAUUAACAGGACAGGACUUGUAUACCAACGAAAACACCAAUGCUUGGCAUUCGCUGAUGACAUAGUAAUGAUAGCCAGAAGUAAACAAGAAUUAAAAGAAAUACUAAAAAGACUAGAGGCGAUAGGAAGAAAGAAAGGGAUGUACAUAAACGAAGAAAAGACUAAAUUUAUGGAAUGGACAGAACGAGAAUACACACAAGGACAAUAUCGGACAAUAAACAAAGAGGCAAAAAUAUAUGAAUUCAAAGAAGUAGAGAGAUUCCAAUAUCUAGGAGCGACAUUCACUAGGAGACCAAAUAUAAAAGAAGAAAUCCAAGCGAGAAUUAUGGCUGGUAAUCGUUGUAUCUUUGCUCUAAACAACUUAUUAAGAAAUAAGAACAUAUCUAGAGGGGCUAAGAUAAGAAUAUACAAGACAGUGAUAAGACCUAUAGUCUUGUAUGCCAGUGAAACAUGGACGAUGAACAAAUCCGAGCAAGUCAUGCUUAAAGUGUGGGAAAGAAAAGUCCUAAGAAAAAUAUUUGGCGGAAAGAUAUGGAAUGGAAUGUGGAUAAGAAGACCAAAUGUAGAAUUGGAGAGGAUGUAUGGUGAACCAAACAUAGUAGGGAUCAUAAAAUCACAAAGACUGAGAUGGUUGGGACAUAUCCAAAGGAUGCCAAACACGAGACUUCCCAAAAAAUACUAACGGGAGGAAUAGGAGGAAAGAAGAAGAAAAGUAGACCGAAAACCAGAUGGAAGAAAGAUGUUGAAAAAGACAUAGAAGAACUGAAAAUCACAAAUUGGAAAAAUAAAGCAGCAAAUAGGAGAGAUUGGAAAGGAAUAGUAAACCAAGCCAUGGGCCUUCUAGGCCUGGAGAGCUAAGCUAUAUAUAUAUAUACUUUUCAUUCGAUAAUUAUCUAUUGCAGUAGUAUAAAUUCGUCGGCUUAGUGACACAGAAAUGUAACUACAUUUUGUCUCGUUUUGGGAUAUGUACACUACUGAACUUACCUUAGUGAGUUCUUUUGAGUGACACCUCUUUCUGAACACCUAAAACCCCAGUGAGGAGUUACGAAAACUCCUCACUACGAAACUCACUAAGGUAAGUUCAGUUUCGUAGAUUGAACUUCAAAACGUGAAAUGUAGUUACAUUUGUGUGUCUCUAAGCCGACGAAUUGUAAUUUGUAAACAACUUUACUAUUUUGCUAUUCAACACUGUUUUUACUUAAUGUCUUCUAUCUAGAUGACCUUGUUUAUAAGUAUUAUUGUGGUUUAUUUUUCAUUUUAAUUUAUGAGUUAAAUUAGUCUCUUAUCGAAUAUAAUGAAACACAAACAACACAUCAAACUUAUUCUGAAAGUAUUUCUUGUCAUGUUAUAUUUCAUUAGCUUUUGGUGUAAUAAACCACAACCUAUCAAAUUCAAUAUCAAAAUUGGAAAUGAUUGCGUAACUAAAUUAUUCCUCCCUUCAGCUAAUUUUCAACCCCGUUGAAAUUAAACGUAGUUUUUUUAUCUAAAUACCAACCUGCAAUUUCCAAGUAACUCUUUACAAUCUUUACCAUCUACAAAAAUUUAAGGUGGAUUUUAGCGUGGAAAUACAAGAUUAUAUUGUCGAAAUACAAGGCAAUAAUCAAAUUUCUAACUUUGUAAGAAAGGUUAAUUUAUUGUCUGCUAUUAUCUUUGCUAUUUCUAUUGUUGACAUUCAAAUUUAUUGCAUUUCCAUUUUUGUUGACAUUAAUUUUGAUUUCUAAAUAAGAAAAGGCUUCCUUGGCUAACCUUGCUAUAUGCAACCCGUCAUUACAUUCCGAAUCCGAAAAUUGUUCGCGGUGAAUAAAAUCCUGAACAUGUCCAGGAUUAGUUUACGUUGCGUCUGAGCCUUGGAAACUAAUCUCUAACUUACUCUGAAUACGUUUGUAUUCGCAUCACAGUAUUAUCUGUGAAUUUUCGCAUAUAAUACUGUGAUGUUAUGCUUUUUCUCAUGAGGAUCUUUCAGUGCGUCACAGUUUUUCGAUUUCUUUCUAACGUGUUAAAUUGCAUGUGACAGAAAAAACGCACGUCGGUGAUUACAUUUCGUCGGUGACAUUUAUAACAUUUAUUCUAGUUGUCAAUAGAUGGCGCUAUAAUCGAAAUAAAAAUUAUUUUCGAAUUAUAUAAUAUAUCUACGAAUAUAAUCUGUACAAUUUAUAAGACUAUACAAAUCAAAGAAAAUACCAUUUUAUAAAUGCAAUAAACAGAAUUGAUUUGUUUUUAUGCCAAAUUGCAAAUAAAAUUUGACAACUGUCAGAUUUAACUAAAAUGUCAUGUCACUAAAAUGUAUAUUAUCACGGACUUACCUUUUUUUCUAUCAUUUGUGACGCACUGAAAAAUGCUCAUAAAAAGAAGCAUAUACAAAGUACUUGUGUUUCUUCGAAUAAAAUUUAUUGUGAUUUGGUAUUCUACAGAAUAUACCGUACAUAAGACAACAAUCAAAAUUUUAUUCAAAGAAAAACAGGUGUUUAUUACACUACUAUACACGAAUGUUCAAAGAGUCUAUCGGAAUUUUAAAACACAUCAUGAUUGGACUGCCUUCUAGUAUGGCAUUGUUCUUCUAACUCUUUUCCCUGAAACGGCUUUAGUUUUGUCAGUUUCUGUUAUAUGUGCUGUGUUUCUUAGUCAUAAGGAUCUUAAAUAUAGGAGUGUUAUAAUUUCUUGUAUCUGUUAGGAUUGAUUUACGUGUCUACUUCUUAUCGACCAUAAUUUAUAGAAAUUUUGUAAUGUUACAUAGGUACUUGAAAGCAUAUUCUAUAUAAUAUGUUAGGUAGAGUUUACCACUAAUGAGAUAUAAUUGCUUUUUCCUUUGUUUUGUAUAUUAGAAAUCAUUAAAUGUUUGAGUCAGUUACAUCAUAAAGUAAAAUUUCGCAUGUAUUGUGAUAAAGGUUAUUAACCAUAAUUCCACUUAUAUAUGUUAAAAAGUUCUUCUCUUUUUAAUUCUGUUCUUUUUCUUUUUAGUCAUUAUCAACUGAAAUAUUAUAAAUUCAAAUUUUUUUAAUUGUAUUUUGUUUUCGUAAAUAUAAUUAAAAUAUAUAAA